GCUCGGAUCUGCAAUCUGGCAGCUCUGCCUCAAGCGCGCUAUCCGUCAAUGCGUAGCAAGGCAGUGCCCAUUUCGGGUAUAUAUAUAUAGUCGAGUCGAGAAAAAGUAUUAAGUUGUAUUUUAUCAUAUACAAAAGUUUCUCAGUCGUGACAAGAAUGAGCACAAAAUUUCUAUUUAUUGAUUCAAUAGAGAUUUUGCGGAGUUCUUUACCGCAUUAUCACAUCUUAUUAGAAGCACUUUUAGUAUGCUCACUGGUUUGGUAUAUUUCUAAAAGACAAAGUAAUAACUACAACUCAGUGCCCUCGCGAGAGCUAGUUGAGAGUAAGUUAGCGGAAUGGCGACCGGAGCCUUUAGUACCAGAAUCACCAGAAGAACAUUCUUCGCUACGUCCAAAGUACGUUACUUCGAAAGUUGGAAAACAAGUAACAGUUGAUGGCAAGCGUUGUCUUAAUUUAGGUACACAUAAUUACUUGGGUUUAAGUGGCAAUACAGAGAUAAUAGAAAGCGCAGUAAGAGCUGUGAAAAAGUAUGGUGUUGGAUCAUGUGGACCUCGUGGCUUUUAUGGAACAGUUGAUGUGCAUCUUGAAUUGGAAGAACGAUUAGCUAAAUUUAUGGAUAUGGAAGAAGCUAUCAUAUAUUCCUAUGGAUUUUCUACAAUAGCGUCUGCAAUUCCAGCUUAUUGUAAACGUAACGAUUUAAUAUUUGUGGAUGAACAAGUAAAUUUUGCUAUACAAAAAGGAUUAGACGCAUCUCGAGGGAAUAUCCGAUAUUUUAAACAUAAUGAUGUCGAAGAUUUACACAAGCUCUUAAUGAAACAAAUGGAACUGGACGAACAACAUCCUAAAAAAGCUAAAAAGAUUAAACGCUUUUUAAUAAUAGAAGGAAUUUAUAUGAAUACAGGAGAAAUUUGUCCUUUACCACAGUUAUUAAAACUAUGUAAAGAGUACAAAUUGAGAAUUUUCAUUGACGAGUCAAUUUCAUUCGGUACAAUUGGUUUACAUGGAAAAGGUGUUACUGAAUAUUUUAAUAUUCCUAGAAGUGAAAUAGAUUUGAUAAUGGGCUCUUUAGAAAUGGCUAUAGGAAGUAUUGGAGGCUUUUGUGUUGGACCAUCGUUUGUGAUUGUUCAUCAACGUUUAUCUGGACUCGGCUAUUGUUUUUCAGCAUCGCAGCCACCUCUUUUGGCAUCUGCUGCCAUUACUUCUUUAGAUAUCAUGGAAAAUAACUCACAACUAUUUAAAUCGUUAAAAGAUAACGCUUUGGCUGUACAUUACGGUCUUAAAGAAAUACCAAUAUUAGAGUGCUCAAGUUCUGCAGAAUCACCUUUGAAGCAUAUACAUUUAAAAGAAAAAAGAGAAUAUAUUACCGAGAAAAAAUUGCUAUCUGCAAUUUCGCAUAAAUGCAUAGAAAAUGGCUUGGCGCUCAUACUUCCUGCUUAUUUGGAAACUGAAAAAGUUUUACCAAGACCUAGUUUUAGACUUUGUAUAUCUGCUGAUCUAGACAAGAGCGAUAUUAUCUUUGCAUUAAAUAUUUUGAAAAAAUGUACAGAGGAAGUUUUAAUACUUAAAGAUUAAAAUGAGAAUAAUUAUUUUAAUCCUAUGUAUAAAAGCAAUGUACUCUUAGAGUGUGUUCAAACUUGUUAUUGAAAAUAUAUGUGACAGUCAUAUAAACAUACAAAGUAUUGA